AUGUCCAUGUUCCGAGCAAAGAAGCUCGAUCUGGGCUGCUUCGUAAAAGCCCGGACGAUUCGAGACCACACGAAGCGCAAGGUCUUUGAGCAGUUUGAGACGGAGAGGCAAGCUCUUCGAUACAUUAUCCGCAAUACGACCCUCGCUCCUCGCGUUCGUGCUGAAGCCCAGCUCCAGCUCACUCAGAUGCAUGCCUAUACCCGUCCUACGCAAAUCCGCAAUAGAUGUAUUAUGGGAGGCAAAGCACGUGGAGUGCUAAGCGAUUUCAAAUUGACUAGAUUCAACUUUAGGCUGGAGGCAAUGGCUGGAAACUUGCCGGGCGUUAAGCGAGCAAGUUGGUAG